AUGCUGAAUGUUUUCUUCAAAUGGUUCAAGAAGGAGAAGAGUUCAAUGGCUGCUACGAACCUGCCACAGAGCCCUCCAGCUUUACCAUUCAUUGGUCACCUUCAUUUGAUAGGCAAAGUGUUGCCUAUGUCAUUCCAGAGCCUGGCUCGCAAGCAUGGCCCGCUCAUGGAGAUCCGUCUCGGUGCUUCUAAGUGCGUUGUGGUCUCGAGCUCUUCGGUGGCGAGAGAGAUAUUCAAGGACCAAGAGCUUAACUUCUCCUCGAGACCUGAAUUUGGUUCUGCUGAGUAUUUCAAGUACAGAGGGUCCAGGUUUGUCCUUGCGCAGUAUGGAGAUUACUGGAGGUUCAUGAAGAAGCUGUGCAUGACCAAGCUUCUUUCUGUUCCGCAGCUUGAGAAAUUCGCUGACAUCCGUGAGGAAGAGAAACUGAAGCUGGUCGAGUCUGUGGCCAAGUGUUGCAGAGAAGGCUUGCCUUGUGACUUGAGUAGCCACUUCGUGACUUACACCAACAAUGUCAUCUGCAGGAUGGCGAUGAGCACGAGGUGUUCGGGUACUGAUAAUGAAGCGGACGAAAUUAGGGAGCUGGUCAAGACAUGUUUGGAGCUUGCGGGGAAGGUCAGUGUAGGAGAUGUGUUGGGGCCAUUGAAAGUACUGGACUUUUCUGGGAACGGGAAGAAGUUAGUUGCUGUGAUGGAGAAAUAUGAUCUGCUUAUAGAGAAGAUCAUGAAGGAACGUGAGGCAAAGGAGAUGAAGAAAGAAGGUAUGAGAAAGGACAUUUUGGAUAUAUUGUUGGAGACUUACAGAGAUCCCACUGCUGAAAUCAGGCUCACAAGAAAUGACAUGAAAUCUUUCCUGUUGGAUGUUUUCAUGGCGGGAACAGAUACAUCAGCAGCAGCAAUGCAGUGGGCAAUGGGGCAACUAAUAAACUAUCCACAAGCGUUCAACAAGUUAAGAGAAGAGAUUGAUACCGUUGUUGGAAGCAAAAGACUGGUCAAAGAAUCAGAUGUUCCUAACCUACCUUACCUCCGAGCUGUACUAAGGGAAACUCUGAGGCUCCAUCCUUCAGCUCCUCUGAUCAUAAGAGAAUGCGCAGAAGACUGCCAGGUGAAUGGGUGCCUUGUCAAGUCAAAAACCCGUGUGCUCGUUAAUGUCUAUGCAAUCAUGCGAGAUCCAGAACUGUGGAAGGAUGCAGACAAAUUCAUACCCGAGAGAUUUUUAGAGAGCUCUGAAGAGAAGAUAGGUGAGCAUCAAAUGGAGUUCAAGGGCCAGAAUUUCCGUUACCUUCCGUUUGGGAGCGGAAGAAGAGGAUGUCCCGGAGCAUCCCUUGCCAUGAAUGUAAUGCAUAUAGGCAUAGGUUCACUGGUGCAGCGCUUCGACUGGAAGAGUGUUGAUGGACGGAAGGUUGAUCUGAGCCAAGGUUCUGGUUUCGCUGCUGAGAUGGCUCGACCACUUGUGUGCAGCCCUGUGGAUUGCUUCCACACCAUCUAA